AUGCGCUCCUUCCUUUGGUCGUUCUUGACUGUGCUAUGCGCACUGCACGUGGCGCACGCCCGUUUGCUCCCUCGUUUGCUCGCUGAGACUGGACCCAAGCCGCAAGAUGAUCCCUUUUACGUUGCUCCAUCCGAAAAACAAUUGGCCGAAAUGAAACCAGGCCAUAUCAUUCGAGCACGUCCCGUCAAAACUGUAGCAGAUGCGUCGGUCACAUCGAGCGCGUACCAGCUGCUUUAUAGGACGUACGACCAUGCCGGAAGACCCACUGCCGCGGUUACUACGACCCUCAUCCCUCGAGCAAAGGAUGUGGCGGGGGUGGCGGGCGCAAAGCUGCCAGUCCGAGUUGUAGCCUACGAGUCGUUCACCGAUUCCGUCGCCCUAAACUGUGCCGGCUCCUACGCACUCACAGCAGGUCCAUCAUCCCCAAACUUUACUCCCGUAUUUGUUGGGCUUGGCGUCAUCAACGCCUUUCUCGCGUACGGAUACACCGUCACGGUGCCUGAUUUCCAAGGUCUUAACUCCGAGUUCAUCGUUGGCAGGACGCAGGCAAGGGCGACUUUGGACGGAAUUAGGGCUACGUUGAGGCACAAGCCCACCAUUGCGGAUCCCAAAGGCGCCAAAGUCGGCUACAUCGGCUAUUCGGGAGGCGCCAGUGCUGCAGGCUGGACUGCCGAACUCGCACCAGAAUAUGCUCCCGAGGUGAGCGCGUCCGUGGUAGAAGCGUUUCGAUGUUCCGCAUGCUGACAAGGGUGGCCAUCGGACGCAGAUCAACUUUGUGGCAGCGACGUAUGGGGGCCUUCCAGUUAACCCCAUCAACGCCCUGAGGCACAUCGACGGGACCGAGAAUGCUGGUCUAUCGCUGAUGGGUUUGCUGGGCCUAGGGAACGCAUACCCAGAAGUCGAAGAGUACCUCUUUGCGAGGGCGAAUACCAAAGGCAAGGCGGCCAUCAAGCGUCUGAGGGGCGGUUCAGCUUGUCUGGAUGCGGUGAAGGAUUAUGCAAACACCUCUUUGAGCGACUACUUUAACAACUUCAGCCUCAAUGAUGAGCUGGUCCAGAGGAUCAACCGUGAGAACACUCUGGGAGCCAACACGCCAAAGGUUCCUCUGGUAGGUGCCCCGGCUCUCUGUUGACCCAAACUCAGGGCUGCGCUGAUGUUCCUAACCUCUUGCCACGGUAGUACAUUUACCAAUCGACGGCCGACGAAAUCAUCGUAGCCUCCGAUGUCGACAAGUACGUCUCGUCGCAGUGCGCUCGUGGUGCUCGCAUCCUGUACUCGCGCGUGAAAGGCGAGAAGCACAAUGAGCUUCUGCUCACAGGAUUUCCAACCGCAGUCGACUGGCUGGACAAAGCUCUCACCGGAUCCGUCACCUUGCCAAAACCUGGCGAAUGCGUCAUCAAGCAAUCUGGGCCUUUGCCUUUGAGCACACCCAAAGCCGAGCCUAGCGGUAAUCGAAAAGUGAAAGGGAGCGACCAUCGGAAAGCGAAGGGAAGCGGUAAACGAAAAGGCAAGGGCGGCGACAAACGCGACUCGGAAGGCGACAGCGGCCUGAAGUCGGCUGUGGAUGCCUACUUCGCUCCGAUCAAAGAUGUGCCGUUCAAUGACCUGCCAGAUAUCGCCCGGAAGAAUAGCGAGCAAGGGGCGCGCGUCGCACACACUGAGCGCUUCGGCGGAAGAGCUAGCGUCUAA